AGCACUCCAACUUCCACUUUCACUCUCUCCUCUCUACAAAAGCAAUUGUUGGAAGAAGAGAGAGCAGGAAUUUUACAAACUGCAAUUGCAAGUCCUCCAUUAAUAUAUACUCAUCAAGUUUUUGCAGAAGAGAGAGAUUAAUUUAAAGGGGAACGCAUUGACAUGACUACCUGAAAGAAUCGUCACUAACUUAACAACUAAGUUGUGAACUGUUCGAUUGUCCACUUCCACGGAAACAAUUUGUAAUGGUGAGUAGAAGAAGAACAGAAGCAUGCAAUGAGAAAUGUCCUAGUAACGAAAGAAAAACUGGAUUGCAGAUUCAGAUGGUAAAAAUUCGAGGUAUGGAAUAGAUGAAGAAAAAGUUUAUCAAAACAGAACACAUAUUGUAAUCGAAUCCAGAUAUCACGUAAAUGUAGAUUGAAGGGGAAAAAGAAUUUCGAUAUGGUCGCAGAAAAAUAACUGAGGAUUCAAAGAUCCUCUAUACCAGUUAGGGCAAUGCCACGAACAACAAAUUGGGGCGACUGCAGAAUGAAGAAUUUUUUUCGUUUCAUCAUGUUUUUCACGCAAAGCAAUUCGUCGAAGUUUCUUAACCGUUCUAGUUUUUUCUCUCUCUUCUGGUUUCCCGUUGGACAUUUGUGAAACGGGUCUUCGAUACUCAAUCUGGAUGGUCGCAUUCGGCAAGAAGUUGAGAGAAUCGCAGAUUCCAGAAUGGCGAGAGCACUAUAUUAAUUAUAAGUUAAUGAAGAAGAAAGUUAACAGAUACACUCAACAAAUUGAGAUUGGAACACAAAAUGACUACUAUGUGCUUAGGGACUUCUCAAGAUUAUUAGAUAUUCAGAUUGAAAAGAUUGUUUUAUUUUUGUUGGAGCAACAAGGACUACUUGCAAUGAGGUUAUCUAGUCUUGGUGAAGAGCAAGAUGCCCUUUCCCAACAGCUUACAGAAACAAAAGUUGUUGAACUACAGGAACAAUAUAGAGCAGCUGGACAAGAUCUUUUGAGGCUUCUCGCUUUUGUGGAGAUAAAUGCAAUUGGUCUACGCAAGAUAUUAAAGAAGUUUGAUAAACGGUUUGGCUACAAGUUUACCGAUUAUUACGUCAAAACUCGUGCUAACCAUCCUCAUUCUCAACUGAAACAAGUUUUUAAGCAAGUGGGUAUAGUUGCUGUUGCUGGUGCCAUAUUUCGUAAUCUUGCAGAGCUUGAAGAUCAUAAAGGGAAUUACAUCUCAAUGUAUGAUCAACUUGACCUUUCAUAUCAGGACCCUGUAAUUGAUUCCAUCAAAGCAGCUCUAAACAGAUUAUCAAACUCAACAAAUUUUCUUCAAUUUUUGGGAAAACAUGCCAUGCUUUUGGAAGAUGGGUUAUCCGAUCCUGCUGAGAAUUACGUUGAUCAAAGAUAUCAUUUUAUGUCACUUCUUUUGAACUUAGUAAACACAUUUUUGUAUAUGGUAAAUACAUAUAUCAUUGUCCCAACAGCUGAUAACUACACCAUCAGCCUGGGAGCUGCCGCUACUGUCUGUGGCAUUGUGAUUGGGGCAAUGCCUGUGGCGCAGGUGUUUUCUUCCGUUUAUUUCAGUUCCUGGUCAAACAGAUCAUACAUGCAGCCACUGGUUUUUAGUAGCAUUAUUCUUGUAUUGGGAAACACAUUGUAUGCACUGGCAUAUGAUCUCAAGUCGAUCACCAUUCUUCUCAUUGGCCGUCUGUUCUGUGGGUUGGGUUCUGCAAGAGCAGUUAACCGGCGCUAUAUUACCGACUGUGUGCCAUUGAAAUUACGAAUGAAAGCUUCUGCUGGAUUUGUUAGUGCAAGCGCACUGGGAAUGGCAUGUGGUCCAGCUCUUGCUUGUAUUUUUCGAAGAAAUUUCAAGAUAUCAUCCAUUACAUUUAAUGAGGACACUUUGCCUGGUUGGGCCAUGGCUCUUGCAUGGCUCAUUUUCCUCGUAUGGUUGUGCAUUUGUUUCAAAGAGCCUCUUUCAUUCAUGCCAUCGGAAGCUAAUAGGGGGAAAACUGCAAUACUUAUUUUGGAGAAUGGUUGUACACAACCACUACUUUUAAACAAAGAUGCUAAGCAAGAAUGUGCAGAUCAAGAAUGUGACGACGACGAUGACAACGAUGGACAUUCUAAAAAAAAUCGCAAACCAGUCAAUUCAAUAAUAUCAGCUUAUAAGUUACUUACACCAUCUGUCAAGGUGCAACUAUUUGUAUAUUUUAUGCUAAAAUAUGCAAUGGAAAUCGUACUUGCUGAAUCAAGUAUAAUCACGGGCUACUACUUUGUAUGGUCGACCACCAAUGUUGCAGUCUUUCUCGCAUGCCUUGGCUUGACAGUGCUCCCUGUAAACAUCAUUGUUGGGAGCUACCUUAGUAACUUAUUUGAAGAGAGGCAACUUCUUCUUGCAUCUGAAAUUAUGGUUUGCAUAGGCAUAAUUUUGAGCUUCCAUACUUUGAUUCCUUACUCAGUACCUCAAUAUGUGUGCUCAGCUCUAAUCACAUUUCUCUCUGCUGAAAUCCUUGAAGGUGUAAAUUUGUCCCUUCUCUCUCGAGUCAUGUCGUCGAGACUUUCACGUGGGACUUUUAAUGGUGGCUUACUUUCCACCGAAGCUGGAACUAUAGCUCGAGUGAUUGCCGACGGCACGAUAACAUUGUCAGGGUACUUGGGUGAGAGUAAGCUCUUGAAUAUUACCUUACUUCCUUCACUUUUUAUUUGUGUUUAUGCCAUUAUAGCAACAUGUUUUACCUACAACUCUCUUUACUAAUAUUAUUUUCUUCUUAUUUAUCUUCCACCUGUUAUCAUAUAUAAAAAUGUGUAAAUGAUGUACAUAAGCUUGGAUCGGGAAGAAAGCUACCAAGUCUCUUGGUAUUGAUGAAACUAUUUUCCAAACUCUUAUAUGGGUUCAUAUAAAUUUUAAUGCCGCCAAGUUUGGCCCUUCAAGCUCU